AUGAAAAUUGGAAAGGGAAGAGGGUUUGAGAGAAAAGAAAGUCUCUUCUUCUCUCGUGGCGAACAGAAUCGGCGCCGCCGGUCUUCUUCCGCUUCUUCCGACAACUCGGCGGCGCGGUCAUCACCAUCCUCGCUGAUCUCCGCAUCUCCCGACCGUGAAUCAUCUUCGUUGAAUCCAACUGCACUCGCGGUUCAACCUUCGUCCACGACGGCUCACCUCGCCAUCAUCAUCAACCCAUUUCUGCUUCUUCCUCGCGAUUUCAUCACUGCGCCUCUGCCGGAGAAUGUCCAGCGCUCAUUCCAUCUGCUACUCAGGAUUGUUCAUGUUUACAUUUCAGAAUGGUACAAGUUAAAGUUUGUUGUUGAUUGCGUUGAUGAAGAGUGUGAAGAUAAUGAAAAGAUGCAUGAAGCGCUGAUCUUGAUGCGUGCAGGCUCUGUUCUGUGCAGAGAGGUUUAG